CGAAGAAGCCUGGAUGAACAUAACAGCAGACGAUCAUCAUCGCGUCAUCAAGAAUGUCUAGGAAGCCCAGGUAUCCCGGCGGUCAGCCCAUCUACCAAAACGCACAGCUCUGCACUUAUCGAUGACGUCAAAAACAUUCCCUUUUUGGCCAUUCGUUCAAGAUCACGGCGCAAAAAUACAGCAGAUACGGCGGAGCGCAGAGAGGACUACUAUCGGCUGGGACAGACCCUGAGAAGCAGUAAGACUCAUUGCGUCAGAUGACAUGGCGUCACAACUAGGCGGGGACAAGAUGUCGUCAUUGGGAACAUGGACACAGCACACUCACCUCGCCGAUAUCGAUAUCGAUAUGGGUUCGUCACGACUCCUCCUGCAGGCUGUACAAGCAGGACUUGAAGCACGAUACGAUGCCAAGCCUUUGCGCCAGAGAUCGACAUCGGGACUUCCUUUGAUCUGGUCGGCCACAUAUGUUUGCCGAGCUUGCCGACCCAUGAUUGACGGUCCGAGGUUCCAGCGGCAAACUUCGCAACGACAAGGGGUCAUCGAGAUCCCUCGCGGUCCGAGGCUGAUACGACGACCUCUCUUGCACGCGGCCACCGUUCCCAUGUUCGGUGCGAUGCAGGCGACCCCGACGAUGACCUACGGACGAUCACCCACAGCCAUGCACCUAUCCGACAGUCCGAGGACCUGGGGAGCGUUGGAUCAAGCCAUGGGCGGUACACCUUCGAGGAUGAUCCAGAUCCAACAAGGAACGCCCAGUACUCUCGUGCUUCCUUACGGUACCAUGGGAGAACGUUUCGACAAGGGUAAUUCCCCCGACUGGAGUCCCGGUAUGGUCCCCUGCAACUCGCCGAUCGAUCUGAACAAGGGGAAUUCGGUGAGAAUGGGGAUCCACCCCGUCAUGCGCGGGCUGAAACAUACUCCCGAAUCACAUGGUUGGAAUGCGUUUUCCGCCUUGGUAGAAGACGUGCCGUCAAACAAUCUCAUCGCAGCGACGAAUCCGCAACAGCCCGCCUCAAAAGUCCCCCACGAUCAACCGAAACCUGAACGGACAAACGACUCAUGA